AAAAUUUUAAAUAUCUUCAGCCUUCAAAAAAAAAACGACGCUGAAGAAUGGCCGUGAGCCCGUGAAGUAAGGAGAAACUGAACAGAAGUCACGCUUCAUACUCUUCAUCUCCUACCCACUACCACGCCCCCAAAUAUUCAGUUUCCAAGAAUGAAAAAUCUGAUCUUUUAUUCAAAGUCUGCAAUUGCAUUGCCUGGAUAACAAGAUGGAGGCAUGUGUUGAAUGCUCUCGUAGUUGUUUAGUACUGCAUAGAACCAAGCUCGAUCCGUACCCAAUCGUUUCCUCAUUCUUUAAAGUCAUGUUUGGCAACGAGUUCUCUGAAGUACUGAUUGUACCUCCACAAUUUGCCAACACUGUUAAAGCACUAGAAGGCCAAAGCACUUAUCUUGAGGAUUCAACUGGACAAAAAUGGAAAGUGGGCCUGUGUAAUGUAAACGGCUCUCUUGCCUUUCAAAAUGGAUGGCAUGAAUUCUCAGUGGAUCAUAGCAUUGAAGUGGGUGAUUUUCUGGUAUUCCAUCAUUUCAAGGGAUCACAUUUUCUUGUUGAAAUCUUUGGUAGAAGUGGGUGUGAGAAGCCUGUGCUUUUCGGUGGAAAGAACUAUCAGAAGACGCGAGAGAAACUUAGCAGAUCAGAUCCUGGUCCGCCUAAUAUUGUUGUCAAUCGAAAGAAGGAUCAUUUGCAGAAUGUGAAAAAUUCACCUGAGACAAAAAGAGUAUAUGUUCCUAGGGAAGACAUUUCCAAUAAACGGCCUAAAUUGGCUCCCACAACAGAUUUUCUUGUAGAGUCAUACUUUAUGACUAACAGAGACGUGUGUUUUACUAGAGAAGAUGAUAGAAGUGAUCUGUUUGAUCUGUCUGUUUUUGAGAUGCCUGAAAUGAAAGAAGAUGCUGGUAAAAGGAGUUAUGAAAUCUCAAGUGAAGCAGACCGGUCAACAAAGGAACGUGCAGAGAUUCUAAACAACACUGUUUCGACGGAUCCCAUGCCUUUGAACGUUAGCAUGCCAAUUAAGUCUAUUGCAUCGCCUCAAUCUGAGGUUUCCGCUCCAGCAAAUUCAUGUGGAAGAACGAAGAUAGGCAAGCAAGAACACAAUUCUGAUGAAAAUGUUUAUGUUAAUUCAGUAGCUGAUAAUCUUCUGUGCGCUAGUGCAAUCCUGUCUUCCAUUGAGAAGGAUCCCAAGCUUAGGAACGAAACUCUUGGUCGGCAUUCUACUUCUGUGGAAGAAGACAAAGGUCAGAAAGAUAUGACUGUGAAUCCAGAAACACCUGAUUUAUGUGUUUCUUCGUCUGCAGCAAGCUUCAAAAUAACAUAUCCAGAACAGAAACACAAUGAACCUUUCCUUGUGUUACCAAAGCCUUUACCUUUAAAUGUAUACAAACAAGGUGAAAAGUUGGGACAGAAUUUGGUAGUACUUCGAGAUCCAGGCGGAAGACUUUGGCCAGUUAUAUAUUAUUGGAAGGAAGGCCAUGCAGUUUUGGCAAAUGGGUGGAAAGAAUUUAGAAAGUCUAAUAACAUUCAACCUGGUGAUGAGUGUACUUUUGUUGCUGAAAAUAUUGAUAAAGGUAUAGUCCAAGUACAAAUUUUUCAGAGGGAUCGUUGAACUUCUAUAAGGUGAAGUUGAUUUGUAGUUAUUCUAGAGUUCUCACUUCUCAGGAACUGAAUUUAGGAUUCUUGAAUCAAACUCUGCAGCAUGUUCCAAUUUUA